AUUCCCCCCCUUUCUUUUUCCUUUCCUUUCUCUUGCCAAUUACUUUCCAUUCUCUCUCCCUUUCAUUGCUGGUUUUUUUUUUUCCGUUGCUUCAAUGGGUUUCUUUGUAGAAGAUCCAGGGCUAAUUGUAACCCAUCUUCUUUACAAAACAGCUGUUGUUUUAGCAGUUUUAAGAUGGGUCUGGUCUUGGGCUCUUAGGUUUAAAGACACGAGUUUAUUUAGUUUCAUUUUUUCAUCUGACUCCCAAAACAACACUUCUUCUUCUUUGGUUUCUUCACAAAUGAUUAGAGACAGCCUGGUGUUGACAACCUUCGAAGAUGCUAAGGAAAGGGUGCCUUGGGUUUCUGACACGUGUGCAGUCUGCUUGAAUCAGCUGAAGGAAGGUGACGAGGUCAGAGAAUUGAGGAACUGUUGUCACGUGUUCCACAAAGAUUGCAUUGACAGAUGGGUUGACUAUGAUGAAGAUCAAGAUCACGACCAUCAUGAUUAUGAUCAUGAUCAAGAUGAUAGUAACAAUCACAAGACUUGCCCCCUGUGCAGGGCCCCUUUACUCACUUCUUCACAAUGCUCGGUGUGGCCUAAGAAUGAACCUAGUUGGGCCGUCGAGCGACUCCUUUACCUAUUCGGGGACGAUCUUCUGCCUUGAUCUACGUCCUUUCAUCUAUUUUCUACAGUUUUUUUUUUCUUUUCUUUUUAACAUAUUAUUUGCUCAAUUCAUCAUGGAGAUAGAGCUUGGAGCAAUAAUUAUUGUAUAUUUAGUAGUCAGUUGAUGGUUUGGGUAUAGGGACAAGGGUCAAUUUUGUUCUUUGGGGAAGUCUAAAGUGAAGAGAAGAAAAAAAAAUACAGUCAAGUGGUCUAAACUCUAAAAGCUUGAUCCUUUGAAUAGAUGUAUGUAUAUAUAAUGAAAUACAUAUUAUUCUUUUCUUGUGUUA